UUUUAUAAGUGAUCGCAUAAAUGCAACAACUUGUUAGAAAUACAACAACUUGGCAUUUGCUACUAUUGAAGUUAUCAAAAUUUUAGUAGGACGAUAAGUUGGUAUCAAACAAUCAAGCCCAUACUCCCUAAGAAAAAACAAAUUCAAACCGAAAUCCGGCGCUGCCGCCCCAAAACCCCCAAUUCCCCAUAGGCCCAAACCUCCAUGUCCCAACCGGCGAGCGCCGCCGCGGCCGCCGCCGCCGGGGAGGAGGAGGAGGAGGACGCCGCCUGGGCAGACGCGCUGGACUUCGACGACUCCGGCUUCCUCCGCCGCGGCCCGGCCUCCUCUCCCUCCCGCCUCCGCCCCCCUCGCCCCGAUGACCCCGCGCCGGCCGCCUCGCUCUCCCAGGGCGCGGCGCGCGGCCUCCGCUCCCCGCCCCACCUGGCUUCGUCCGGCCCCGCCGCCCGCGGCCAUGCCACCGACCCCGACUUCUCGCUCGCCCCGUGGCUCCACGCGCUGGGUUCCCUCGGCGAGGCGCGCGCGUGGAAGCGGCAGGAGAUCGCGGCCAUCCGUGGCGACCGGGCAUUGUAUCGAGCACGUCUGGUGGUCGGCGUGGUGACGUCGUGCGCGCCGAACAGGCUCGGUGAUCUCUUCCUUUCUCUCAAGGAUCCAAGUGGUACGGUUGGUGCUUCAGUUCACCAGAAAGUAUUUACAAAGGAGGAUAACAUGGUUGUAUCUGUAGGGUCUUGCAUUGUUCUGAAAAAUGUAGCUGUUUUCCGUCCAUCUCACAAGGGUUGCUAUCUUAAUGUCACCAAAGAAAAUCUAGAGAUGCUUGUGCCAAAGGACUUCUGCUUCCCAUCUAAGCAAGUGUUUUCAUCAAGUCCUUCUGAAAGUCAACAUCCUGUAAAGUGUCAAGAAACACGGGAUUCUUCAUGCCAAGGAGAUAACCGCAUCAGGAAAACUGGAGUUGAAACAUACGGACAAACAACAGGAAAUGCUGUUCGAGAUAGUACGUUAAGAAUGGACAAUGGCAGUACUCAAGGUGUAGGAAAUCACCUAGAUACAAGGAUGAAGGAAAAAGAUAUAAAUCCUUCAAACAAGAAUACACCAAGCUACAGUGCCGAUCAGCAAUUCCAAAAAACUAGUUCCAGUUCAGGUAAGCACCAAGGGAUUGAACUACAAACAUUGAUGCAGCGCCUCAGCAGCAGGCAUAUAUCAAACCACAAUGGUGAAGAGCAUCACCAGCAAACUUUGAAUGAUCCUGAAAACCCAAACACAAGAUGUUCCCAGUCUACUCUAGGUGGAUGCUCGGUCAUGUCUAGAACGGGAAAUUCUAUUGCAGCUAGUUCUGAUGAAAAGCUGAGUCGACCUCUUGAAGGUGAACGGGUGCACCCUAAUAGCAAAAAGCAAAGGGGUGAUGCGGUAUUGCCAGAUAAUGUUAUGUCAAGUACGAAUAUUGAGACCUAUGGGUUAGCCAAUAAUCUAAACAUUGGUCUGGAUGAUGUCGCACAUCUUGUUGAGCACGCUUCAAUCAAAAAACCCAAUGAGCAUCAGCAAAAGGACUUCAUUACUGGAACUUUGGGCAUUGUCCUGCCAACUCAAGAAAAUAGCUCUGUAAGUAACAGUGAUGCAACUACUCUCAGUGCAUCGUUGCAUUCACAGCCAAAUAAGAUGGCUUCUGUAACUGAAUGGACAGAUGAUCAGCUAUCUGAACUGUUUGCUGACUAUUAGGAUAGGAGUGAAUGUCUGAUCAAGGAGCUACCAGAUUUGGUACUUAAUUUGAACUGGCUAUCUUAAUGGUUGAUGCUUUUGGUAGACUUUAGCGAUUUACUCAGGCUAUCACGUCACACUCUGGUUUCAGAUAAGUGCAGCUUCCCAGAUCAUUACAACAUCAUUAUAUUAAAUUGUAAUUGAUGUUUUCAGUGGAUGAGACCUUCUCUCAUCACGCAAAGGAGCCUUUGCAGACAACGGAAUUGUUUGUUUCAA